AUGAGUCGUAAAAAUCAAAGCAUUAAUAUCUCAGAAACUACACAAGCUGUGGCUAAUCCGCCACUACGCAAACGCAAGAGGCGUAAAUCAAGGGAAACUGAUUAUACAGGACAUCUCCCGAUUAUGACA